UCAAACCAGGUAGACACCAGAUGUGGGAACCAUCAGAGAGACAUUUGAGUUAUUUGACUAUUGGUGCUGAAGCAGGUUUCAUCUGUGACCUUAAGCCUUUUGAGGACAUUUAUGUUUGCCUCCCUCACAAGAGUAACUACAUAUGCACAUGAAAACCCCACAUGCAAAGUCUACAAAAUGUGAGUAGCAUGCAAGGAGUCUUCAUUCUGUACAUCAAGUAGCUCUGUAGUCACUCUGAACUUGUCUGUAAGGAGACCUAAGCAGUGAGCCAAUAUGUGAAUUUACAGUGUAGUGACUCUGCAGGGAGAUAUUCCAAAAGCUGAGCAUGCCUGACACUGCUGAGAGCCAGUGGAACCCAGAUUUCUUCCCACUCUGGAAGAAGUGCACCAAGAAAGUUUGGAAGCAAAGAUGUGCAACCUAAAGCUGUCAGUUUUCCUCAUUGUACUUUCUGUCGCACUGAGUUGUUUGGAAGCUACACCUAUUGAGAAAUUAUUAUCUGUGGCUGAUGAUCUAUCUGAUGGGACUUCCAAGAGGCAAGGAUGGAUAUUGCCCAUCGUGUCACAGAAUACACUCUCAGGACUUAGCGAGGAAAUGCCAGAACAACCAGCAGCAAAGACAAAAAGUAGUCACCAUCUGGAGAAACGGAAAUGCAACACCGCUACGUGUGUGACACAACGCUUGGCUGACUUUUUAGUUCGUUCCAGCAGCAACAUUGGAGCAAUUUAUUCACCUACGAAUGUGGGGUCCAAUACAUAUGGAAAGAGGGACACAGAUGGGCUUUUAAGCAAAGAACUCCAAAACAAUGCACAGCUUUAGGGUGUUAAAAUGACUACUGAUACAGUUUUCAUUAAGAGCUCAGUUUCUAACAUAUUGAUAAUGUUUCUGUCAUUUAUUACUUGUACAGUCUUAACAGUGCCUUGUUUUCUUUGUGUGUGUAUAUGUAAUUUAUGUUCAUCAUUUCACUAUGAAUGUACAUCAUACACAAGCUAUUGUUUCAACUCCAUUAAGAAUUCCAGAAAUCUGCUUGUCAAAUUUCUUUGUAAAGGAAAAAAAAAAAAAAAAACUACACACAAUAAUAAAUGGAAAACUAAUUAAUUGCAA